AUGGCAUUUCCUGAUAUUACUCUUCAUACUUGCUCAACACCCAACGGAGUAAAAAUUAGCAUUGCUCUUGAAGAAUUAGGACUUCCUUAUAAACAGGAAAAAUUCCUGCUCUCACGGAUCAUGAUUUUAAAUAUAUUUGAAAGUGGCGCUAUUUUGAUUUAUCUUUGUGAAAAUUAUGAUCCUGAAGAGAAAUUACUUCCAAAGGAUCCCAAGUUAAAAAGUCAAGUUAUACAAUGGAUUAUGUUCCAAAUGGCUGGAGUCGGACCUAUGCAAGGAGAAGCUAAUUUUUAUAACACUUUCUCACCAGAACAUUAUACUUUAGCAGAUAUUGCAAUUUAUUCUAUGGUUAAGUUCCACCUGAUUUGUGGAAUUCUAAAUCUAGAUGAUUUACCAAAUUUAAAAGCUUGGGUGGCUCGUAUUGAUGCAAGACCUGCUACUCAGAAAGGCAUAGAUGUACCUAACGUGGAUUGA